UUCAGGCCAGCCGCUGAAGCUGAGCAGUCAAUAUAAACAUUGGGACGUCUUCGGGAUAUUUGCGUAUUUUUAUCAGUUUAGACUUUAAAUUUCUGCUUCUUUGCUACAGAAUUGCAACAUGACGUGGUAAAAUGACCAGGUUUUCGUAUCGAGUCCUGAUUGUGUGGAUUAUAAACGCACGAAGGCCUUGAUGUUGUCCUGCUAACGGAAGCCAAUGAUCCAACUGGAGAAACCAGUUCUGACUGGUACCAUGCCAGUGGUGUGGCCCACCAUCCUCGACCUGGGAAGGGAUGAGUGUAAAAGGAUUCUCCGUAAACUUGAGCUGGAAGCAUAUGCUGGAGUUAUUAGCGCCCUGCGAGCUCAGGGAGACCUGACGAAGGACAAGAAGGACCUGUUGGGAGAGCUCACUAAAAUCCUCAGCAUCUCGACGGAGCGCCAUCGUGCAGAAGUCCGCCGGGCCGUUAACGAUGAACGCCUCACCACCAUUGCGUAUCACAUGUCUGGUCCUAACAACUCGUCUGAAUGGUCAAUCGAAGGCCGUCGGCUUGUUCCUUUGAUGCCCAGGUUGGUCCCUCAGACGGCCUUCACCGCCACGGCUAACGCUGUGGCCAGCGCCACAGCCAAUCAGAACGCCUCCCUUUUGUUACCGGCAGAAACGGGGAACAAAGAAGUUGUUGUAUGUUACUCCUACACGAGCACCACCUCCACCCCCACCAGCGCCACAGCGUCCAGCGGACCCGUUGGAGCCACAGUGAAAUCCCCAAGACCGGCCAGCCCGUCGUCCAACGUGGUGGUGCUGCCGAGUGGGAGCACCGUCUACGUGAAAAGUGUGAGUUGUUCCGACGAUGAUGAAAAGCCUCGCAAACGAAGACGCACAAACUCAUCCAGCUCGUCGCCAGUGAUGCUGAAGGAUGUUACCAAGGUUUCCCCACCGGUAUCCAGGAAUAUCACAGUGCCGGUGAGCGGCAGCCCCAAGAUGAGCAACAUCAUGCAGAGCAUCGCCAACUCUCUGCCGCCUCACCUGUCUCCCGUCAAGAUCACCUUCACCAAGCCCACCAUCCAGACCACCAGCACCACCACGCAGAAGGUGAUCAUCGUGACGACUUCCCCAAGCUCUGGCUUUGUGCCCAACAUCCUGUCCAAGUCUCACGCCCAUAAUGCUGCCGCCGCCGCCAUGGCCAAGCUGGGCUCCACCUCCAUUCUGACCACCCCCACCCAGAAACAGACGGUGGUCUUCCCAUCCAGCUCCAGCCCCUCCCCCAACACCGUAGCCGUGACGACUGUGGUGUCCUCUACUCCAUCGGUGGUGAUGUCGACUGUGGCGCCAUCUUCUGCUGGAGUGAAGGUUGCUUCUGCGAGACUCCAGUCGCCAAAGACCCUGGUGGGCUCCCCCACUCAGAUCCUGGCCCAGUUUCCCAAGCAGCAGUCGCCCAAGCAGCUGCAGCAGAGCUCGCCUUUAGGAGCCUCCAGCAUCAGCCAGAGCAGCAGCACCACUCCACCGGGAACCAAACCCACCAUUCAGAUCAAACAGGAGUCUGGGGUGAAGAUAAUCACUCAGCAGGUGCAGCCCAGUAAAAUCCUGCCCAAACCUUCCUCUGUGGCUCUGUCCAGCAGCAGCUCUUCGCCCAUUAUGGUCGUCAGCAGCAACGGCACCAUCAUGACCACCAAGCUGGUCACACAGCCCACAGCUACACAGGCAACAUACACAAGACCCACAGUUAGUCCCAAUAUUGGCGCCAGGAUAUCUGCGUCCGGUGGAGGGGCCACCUACGUCAAGACCACCAGUGGGAGCAUCAUCACUGUGGUUCCCAAGUCUCUGGCCACGCUGGGAGGGAAGAUCAUCAGCAGCAACAUUGUGUCUGGUACGACGACGAAGAUCACCACCAUCCCCAUGACGUCUAAGCCGAAUGUGAUUGUGGUGCAGAAGACGACAGGCAAAGGAGCGACCAUCCAAGGACUGCCGGGCAAGAGUAUGGUCACAACGCUGCUGAACCCUGGGGGAGAGAAGAGUCUGCAGGCGGUGCAGGGAGCCAAACCGGCCAUCAUCACCACCUCCAGGCCCAUCACUAAGAUGAUCGUCACCCAACCCAAAGGCAUAAGCUGCGGAUCUCAGUCCACCGCCACCAAAAUCAUCCCGACCAAGAUUGUUUACGGCCAGCAGGGCAAGACACAGGUUCUCAUCAAGCCGAAGCCAGUUUUCCAGACGGCGGUGGUGAGUGAACAGACCCGGCAGCUGGUCACCGAGACACUGCAACAAGUGACCCGCUCUGCAGAGGUCAGCCAGGCUCAGGCCUGCGGCCAGGACGGGUCGGUGAAGGACGCCACCGCGGUUCUUGCAGACGCCACCAGCCUGAGCAGCGAGGCGUCCAACAGCGGCGCUCAAGAUCUGCAGCCUGUAGUGCACCUCGUGUCCUCUAGAGAGCAGGAUUGGACUGAGCAGGAAGUAGCCUUGGAGUCCAUCCCAACCAUUAUCUACCCGGAGGUGAGCGCUUCGGAUUCCCAGUCCGCCACCUCCACCAUCAAAGCCCUGCUGGAGCUGCAGCAGACCACAGCAGUGAAGGAGAAGGCAGAGUCCAAACCAAAGCCGCCCACCAUCGACCUGAGCCAGAUGGCCGUGCCAAUCCAGCUACAGCAGGAGAAAGCCGGUCCAGAAUCUCCGAAACCUUCGACCUCAGAGGCCGAACCCAGCUCUGAGCAUGUCACAGCAGGUAAAACCAGCAGAGCGGGGGCGCCCUCGCAGGAUAGCGACGCCAUGAUGUCGUCCACUCAGCCGCUGGGGAAGCCUUUCAAAAGCAGCAGCCAGGUUACCGUGGUAACAAAACCUGCCACGGCCGCCGCCUCUUCUUCCUCCUCCUCCGCGGCCGCAGCGUCUCACCUGCCUGCAGAUCACGGUAAAACGGAGCCGGUGGUAGAGCUGGCAGAGCUGGAAGGCGACACUCUGGACCCCCAGACCGGUUUGUUCUACCGCUCCAACAAGGCUCCCUCCGAUCCAGUCAAUCUACCAACUCAACCUGCAGCAGCUCAGCCACCGCCAACGCUGCUCAUGAGCCAGGCAGAAGCCGAGCCGAGUCGCCCCGUCUCCUCCCCGACCCAGCAGCAGCAGCCGCCACUGACGCCCCCGCAGCUGCAGAGCAAACCUCAGAUCAGCCAACCUUCCUCGUCAACUCCUCCUCUCAUUAAGAAAAUCCCCAAACCACAGGAUCAGACCGCGCCCAAACCUCAACCCUCGUCUCCAAGCCCUCACAAAGACAGAGGGGUGACCGUACCGACCCAGAGCGCAGCGAAGACCCCGAGCCCCAGCACACCAACCAAGGCCCCAGUUACGCCACAGCUCCCGAAGCUGCAGCAAGCGCCGUCGUCCCACCACAGGCCUCUGCAUGCCCCAAUGUCGCACCCGCCGCCGCUGCAGGCACACCACCCAGUCAGCGCAGAGAAGCCCGCCUCCAGCCAGCAGCCAAUCAUCACUCAGAGUGCCACCGUCACCAAGAUCACCUUUGGCAGCUCCCACCACCCUACACCGGUGUUCAGCAGCGGCGAGGCGACUGCCAAGCUGCUGCCGGAGUCCAGCUCAGGACCUUCAGGGGACAAGCCGUCGGUGUCAGACAUCCUGAAGAUCUCCAUGAUGGAGGCGGAGAUCGACCCCAGCACGGAGCCCAUGGUGGUGGAUUCCUCCAGCGACCGUGGCCCUCUAGGGAAGACCUUGGACGUCCAGUCCGUGUCGGGGACACUGGACUCGGGUCAGUUCAUCAGCAGCUCCGGGGCCGGCAUGCGCCACGCCAAGCCCCAGCAGUUCAGCUGCAUGCAGGGCCUGGCGGCACAGAGCAGCAAGGACGACCUGGAGGUCAUCGAGGUGAUCCCUCAGUUCUCCAUCCUGCCAGACUCCAGCCAGUCUAAUGUUGUGGUGGAGCCCAGCGGCUUCCUGGAGAUCACCAACUACACCAGCCAGCAGCUGGAGGAGGACAGCCCCAUGGAUCAGGAGGUGGACAGCAGCAAUGACGAGGCCGCGGCUGCCAGCCCCGCAGAGCAGCCAUAGACGCUCUGAGGCAGGGACUCUGGCACUUCUUCACUUUCAACCAGCAGACUGAUGAUCCAUUUCCGGCUCAGACCCAGCAGACCGUUUUGUUUUUUCUUGUAAAAUAUUAGUUUGUUAGUCUUCUCUCUCCACAGCUAAUGGCCCAUGUGGUUUUUAUUGCUGAACAUGUGAGCGAGGUGAAAGGAUUAGCUUUAGGUCAGAACAGCUGGGAAACGUUCCAGCGUGUCAACUUACCCGCAGGACUUUGAGACCUUUCCACAUUUAUAACCUGGAGCUUUUCAGAAUAUUUGGGUCCACUUUGCAUCAUUUCAGAAACACAUACUGUAUUUGUGUUGACAGCAGUCCAUAGCGACUCCUUUCUCAUCAGAUAAACUGUAUUUUUAUCCUGACUAAAUUUGUAACCAUAAACUUUCCGACAUGUUUGGGACUCAAGGAUUCAGAAAAGGGAACAAAGCUGGAGCUGAUUUAAUUCAGAGACUCAAAGCGGAUCCAGAAAGAGGCCUGGAGGACAGGUUCUGUCCAACAGAUGUUUUACUCAAACAAGACGAAACAAGCGAUGUACCAUCGUUUUGUUGUUAAGGUGAAGGAAAAAAAAGCUGCAGUGAGAAGGUUUGUCUUGGUAUAGUGUGUUUCAGCUGCAUUUCUUUUCUACUUUUUCAAAAUAGAGGACUAGCUGUGAGAAAUCAUUUAAUCUGCACAAUAAAUCAGCUGAAUAAAGCCUUA